GCUUCUUUGUGGUUCAAAGAGUGCGAACUUAAUGAGAUUUAGAAAUGCGAACUUAAGCAUGUGAACUCAAGUUUGUGCAUGAGUUGCGGUCGCCCUUUUAAGCGCCGGAAGAUCAUCAUGGAGAACGCCGCGUACGAGUUCCACCAGAUUCAGGACGAAGUCAAGAAGAUCACCCAGGAGAUCCCCGAGAAGGUUUUGUCUGGUCACACUUACCACGCUGCGGAUGUGCAUGAGUGGACGACCGACAUCUCGUCGCAGUGUUUGAAGGAGCUCAAGGGUGUGGCCAACGGUUCGGCUGGAUUCAAAUACAUUGUUACGGGUAAAAUUGAGUACGUACGCAAGCUAACAAAAGCCCAUGUGUUGGGCUGCUACAGUGAACUGCACGAUCCUGCAGAAGAGAAACGCUGGAUACCACACCAACUCGUCGUGCUUCUGGGACGCUGAACGCGACGGAAGCGUGUCGAUUCGAUGGGAGAACGCGACCAUGACCUGCGUGCUCACGGUCUACUGCGUUAGUCUUCAGUAAAUCCCAUCCAACGACGGUCGAGAAUCGUGGCAGUGGCAGUGGCAGCAUUCCGCUGCGGUGUGUGGAUGUUGUACGGAGCUUGUGACAGACAUGGAGUUCUAUAUCUCCAUGGAGAGGUUUGACGUCGUAUCCAUUGACAAAUUCGCGAUGUCCAUAGAGAAAUUCACGUCCAUGGACAUGCUCGUAAAAUCCACCAUAAUCGACUCUCCUUGCUGCUUUUCUGGAUGACGUCUCUUAGAACCUAGACGACGACCGAAGAUGACGGUGUCAAUCACGUUACGACGGAAGCGGUCGGCAUAAGGAAUGGGCUUCAUGCACGAAAUUCCCUUCGCGUCACGACACUGCAGUCGCACGCGUACCCAGCGCUCUAGGCUCUUCUUGAACGACCAGGGAGUCAAAAUAUCAAUGAUACCCAUGUUCACGACGCACGCGUCCGCAGAGAAUGUCGUUAGGUUUCCCCUAGGGCGGCUAAGUCCUUGAAGUGUAGCACCAUUAGGGCUCAGCGAUUCCAAAUAGCCUGCCUCGUCACUGCUGUUCCCACCA